UGAGCAUUCCGUGAAAAUCAUUAAUAUCGCCAUGAGUUGUUUAUAACAGAAUAAUGACUUUAAGAUUGAAUUUAAGGUUGCAUUCCAACAUUAUAAGGAAGCGGAUUUUUGUGUUAUUGGUUCUUAUUGUGCUAGGACUUAUAUUGUUUUUAAGCAUCAAAAAUGAUCCAUCAAAUUGCUUCCUUGACAGUGUCUGGAAAGAUGGAAAGACAUUACAAGAAGUCUCUGAAAAUAGUAAAUUGAAGCUUCAUUCAACAUCUAAAAAUGUCUUUUUCCAUGAAACUAGCUGCAAUGUUAAUGGAGUUAUUAAACUUAAUGCCCGACAAUCGUGUGCUAUUGAAUCCGCAGCGCUAAUGAAUCCAGAUCAUAAUAUUUAUGUGCUUUUUACAUCACAAGUUGGAUUUAGAAAUACGACAAAUUUGCGACUGAUCGAUGCGCUUUCCUCAUACCCAAAUAUUCAUUUUAACUUCCUGAAUCUGACAAAAUAUGCACAAAAUACACCAUUAGAGAACUGGAUAAAGAAUGGAGAGCUGUUCCGAUCAAAUUUCGUUAAUUCACAUACGAGUGAUGUCCUCAGGUAUCUUUCAUUAUGGAAGUAUGGAGGAACAUACUUAGAUUUAGACAUUGUUAUGCAGAAGCCACUGAAUACUCAAAAUCCAAACAAUUAUGCUGGAGCUGAAUCAGCGAAAUUUGUUGCCGUUGGAAUUAUUAAUCUUGAGGGAGAGACUGGACAUGAAAUAGCUGACUUAUGUGUUAAAGAUUUAUUAGAGAAUUUUAAUGGUAUCGAAUGGGGAAACAAUGGACCUGGAGUGCUUACGAGGACUUUACAUAAAAUUUGUAAUACUAAGGAUGUAAUGAGGAUGAUUGUUGGAAAUGUUUGUAAAAAUUUUCGCGUGCUGCCGAUUGAGGCUUGCUAUUCAAUUCGAUGGCCUGAACAUAUAAAGUUCUUCAAGGAAGAAUAUUUGAAUGAGACAAUGAGUCGCUUGUCAGACUCACUACUCGCGCAUGUUUGGAAUAAACAUAGUGCAGCUAUUUCAUUGACAAAGGAAUCAAAUGUUGCGUAUAUACACUUAGCCAAAAAAUACUGUCCUAAAACACUCAAUAUCAGCGAAUAUUUUUAAGUUACAAAUCUAAAGGAAUUGAUUUAUAUUUUAAGAAUCAAGAUGGUUUGGAUAUUAUCUGAUAU